UUUUCUUGUUCUUUUUCUCGCCCCCGUUUGUUCUGCUUUUCUGUUCCGACAGCAAAAGCACAUACAUUUUUUUUAACAAAAAAAGAGCGAUUCACAUUACGUUAAAAACUAGAACGCCGUCACAAAAAAAUGCCAGCCGACUACGACGAAGAGGAGGGCCCAAUGGAAGUGCCCGAGUACCUGCACAGUAAAGCACGCGCGCAAGUGUCGUCGCUAACCGUGGGAAACCCGGUUCCGGGUGCUCCGGCAUCUGCGCUGGCCAGCAAUCGCAACACGGACGUGGGCCCGACCGCCAAGGACAACCGCGGGGGCAACUUUGUAUCCCGCAAGGUUCAACGCCACAUUGACGAGUGCUCAGACACGCUCUCACGCUUCAUUGCAGACGCUGUCGAGAACAAGGGCAACGUCGUGACCCUGUCGGCCCUGCAGGACUGCCUGGGCAUUGUCGUGCUGAUGGUCACCCGUGUCGCCGUGGGGAUCUCUGGCCGAGGAGGUCGCGGAUUUGUCAUUGCAAAGCUCCGCAACGGCAAGUGGUCGGCACCGUCGGCCGUGUCCAUGGGUGGAAUUGGUCUCGGCGUUGAGCUGGGCGGUGAGCGCACUGGCAUGGUGCUCCUCCUGCACACGCAGGAGGCGGUGGCCGCGUUCUCGCGUGGAUCGGUGAACUGCCUCGGCGGCAACUUUACUGCUGUCGCUGGCCACCACGGCAAGAACCUGGAGUCGGAUCACGCGUUUGGACGACGCUCGUCGACUGCCCAAGGCACGGAGCUGUUCACGUACAGCCACUCCAAGGGUCUGUUUAUCGGCGCCAGCUUCGAGUGGGCGCUCUUCCGCCAGUACAUCAAGGGCAACAAAGCCCUGUACCCGUCGCUCCACCCCGACGAGCGCCAGUCGUGGGAAAUCCUCGCCGGCCACGUGGCAUCACCUCCGGCGGCGAACAAGCUCUACCAGGCGCUGACGCAAGGCUCGGCGUUGGUCUCGCUCGAAACCUGGAAACGCCGCCGUGCCAGCAUGACCCCGCCCCGCAACGCGUCCACCACGCUCGCCCCGCUCUUCCUGGGCGAGGGCACGCCGCAGCGAUACGCCGUCCAGUCGGAUGCCAAUGUGCGAUAUGGCGGAACCGCGCCGACCAGCUCGCUCGUCGCCUGGCCUGGAUCGCGCCAAAUCCAAAACACGGCGGGUGUUGUCCGCAUUUCGCCGCACAAGACCGAGUAUCGCGACGACUACUAAGUUUGGUUUUGAGCACAGCAGCGGCAGCAACCUUGUGUUUGAUGUUUUGUGUGGAAAUUUUUGUUUUGGUGGUGGUUGAGCAUGCUGGUCUUUUUUUGUUUUUGUCUCCCUCCUCCGCCCUCCCACUUGAUCCCCCCAAAUCUCGUUGCACAUCACUCACAUGUAUUGCAGUACAGUACGAGACCUGGAUGCAUGCGAAGAGAGAGGGGCGUGAGUGUAUGAAUGCGUGUGCUAGCACAAAAGUUUUGUCUUUGAAAUGUAACCCGUCUUGUUUGCCGCCCUUCACUCCCAACAAAACUUCUCUUGUAUUGGAUGCACGCGUGAUGAACAAAGGA